AAACAAGUUGUGAGAGUCCCAUCCCGCGAAAGCAGGUAGAUGAGUCAAGUCAAAGUUAACCAGCGACAUCUUUGGAAUUCACUUCCAUGAUCCAUGAUCCAUGAUGAUCCAUGAUCCAUGAUCCAUCAUCCCACACUCCUAAUUCCUAAACAAUCUCAUUCGCCAUGUCCUGCUUCAGACACCUCUCCAGGUUUUCUCCCACUAACACGCGCCGCUUCGCUCAUCUCUCUCGCUUCACCACCUCCACCGCCCCGGAUCGCUAUGCGGGCCUCGGGCCCACCGGGGCCCACCACAAGCCCCGGGUGGUCGUGCUGGGCACCGGCUGGGCCGGCUGCCGCCUCAUGAAGGGCCUCGACCCUGAAAUCUACGACAUCGUUUGCGUCUCCCCUCGCAACCACAUGGUCUUCACACCUCUCUUGGCUUCCACCUGUGUUGGAACUCUCGAGUUUAGAUCCGUUGCCGAACCCAUCGCCAGGAUCCAGCCCGCUAUUUCCACACAACCCGCUUCUUUUUUCUUCCUUGCUAAUUGCACCGCCAUUGAUGCUCUUAACCAUCAGGUGCAAUGUGAGACUGUAACUGAAGGAGCGGAGACAGUAGAUCCUUGGAAGUUUACAAUCUCAUAUGAUAAGUUGGUAAUUGCAUUAGGAGCGCAACCUACUACUUUUGGAAUUCGUGGAGUCUAUGAACAUGCAAUUUUUCUUCGUGAAGUUUACCAUGCUCAGGAAAUUCGUCGGAAGUUGCUCCUGAACUUGAUGAUGUCUGAUGUUCCAGGGAUUGCAGAAGAGGAAAAAAAAAGGCUGUUACACUGUGUGGUUGUGGGGGGUGGUCCCACUGGAGUUGAAUUCAGCGGUGAACUUAGUGAUUUUAUCAUGAGAGAUGUCCGUCAGAGAUAUUCUCAUGUGAAGGAAUACAUCCAUGUUACUUUAAUUGAGGCCAACGAGAUAUUGUCUUCCUUUGAUAUCAGACUAAGGCAGUAUGCUAUCAAGCAAUUGACAAAGUCAGGAGUCCGACUUGUCCGUGGCAUUGUGAAAGAUGUUGAAGAGAAGAAGAUUAUCCUAAAUGAUGGCACUGAGGUUCCAUAUGGGUUGCUGGUAUGGUCAACUGGAGUUGGUCCAUCACCAAUUGUUCGCUCUAUGGAUCUCCCUAAAUCUCCUGGUGGAAGGAUUGGCAUUGAUGAGUGGCUUCGUGUUCCUACAACAGAGGAUAUCUUCGCAAUAGGUGACUGCAGUGGGUUUCUUGAAAGUACCGGAAAACCACCACUUCCGGCUUUAGCCCAAGUGGCAGAAAGGCAAGGUAAAUAUUUAGCAAUCUUACUAAACAGAAUAGGUAAAGCCAAUGGUGGCCGCGCAAACAGUGCAAAGGACGUAGACUUUGGGGAACAGUUUGUUUACAAGCACCUUGGAAGCAUGGCAACUAUAGGGAGUUACAAGGCUCUAGUGGACCUCAGACAGAGCAAGGAGGCCAAAGGGUUAUCUAUGGCAGGUUUUAUCAGUUGGUUUAUUUGGCGUUCAGCAUAUCUAACUCGAGUCGUCAGCUGGAGGAACAGAUUCUAUGUAGCUAUCAACUGGGCUACUACUUUUGUGUUUGGCCGUGAUAUAAGCAGAAUAUGAGAACAUUUUAAGUUGUGUUGCAGGCUAGUCGUAAAGCAAUAAGAUAAUAAAGUGUAUUUAAAUGGAUCAUAUUGGAGUAGCAUGUUUCAGAAGCCAGUAUUUUUCAGUAGAUGAGUUUCAGUAAGCUGAUCUGCAAGGAACUGUACUAGUUCGUGAUAUUUGCUACACGUUCAAUUUGUUUUAAAGAGUGGCAAUGAAUAUGUUAGUCGGGAGUUGGCUUGAAAGGGAAGGCAAUAAAUUAAAUUUGGCUGUCUUAGGUAUUUUAUAAUUAAUAGCACAUACACGCCACGGUUCAAUUUGCGUCAUCUGAAAUACUGAUUAUUGGCAAUAUUCCCCAAUUGUAUGAUGAGAUUUGACAAUAAUAAUAUAUUGUGAACGGAUUAUUUGGUUGGACAAUUUAUGUAUCUGCCAAGUAGUACGAGAACACUGCAAAU